AUGUUACGACAGACAACUUUUUCACGAGUGCAUCACUGCGACAAAUUUUUGGCGAAACGAACAGCAUUAGUUGGAAUUAUUCGAAAUAACAGAAGAGAAUUGUCCAAACUGGUGAAAACAAAAGACAAAAUUAUAAAUGUCAAUAACGAAAGCGAAUGUCUGAGACAGUUGCGUAUUAUAAUAAAUACGAAAUUCAGCGUCGAUGUCACCGAUCAAAAUACAGCGUCAAAUUCAAAUCCUAUAGAUGGCCUGUGCAAGUUUUUUUCAAUAUCCUUGAUUUGGCCGGUAUCAAUGCAUUUAUAAGGAAACAAGUGAACGAAAUAUAUCAAGACAACAAUUUCUACUACAAUUAGCAGAAAAGCUUGCCGAAGACUAUCACGAAUUUUUCUAA